AGCAGUCACCUAUUUCUGGCAUAAACAUAUCUAGCUCGGUUUUAGCUCAAGUUUAGCUUAAAUUCCUGGACUGAAAUGGACGGACAAACAGGUGACGAGGUUAAACCCAAUCCCCUAUCGCGAAAACUAAAGUUCUCCGGGAUUUGUAAGCUGAGCGAUGAGGAACUGGCGCAUCUCUACAAGAUCGAUGAGCUGACGGACGAGGAGCUGGCCUCUGUGGACCUGGAGAGAAGCUCCCUGAUCGAUGAUUAUCGUCAUCUGCACGAGCUUUCGAUGAUGUGGCAAGAGAAGAACAAAGCCGAACCGCCUUCAAACCUCUCCGAGUGGGAGUUACACAGCCAGUUGCAGCAUAUGGAGUACAAGCCCAAGAAGGUGUACAAAUUUUUCUUGCUCAACAAGUUAGUUAAGGUCAUGAGUUUCGAGACGGAUCCGGGGUCCAUCUACACCGAGAAGCAGUUGCAGUUCGAUGUGGACUACCAUGACGAGAAUGCCUAUCUGCUUCCGCCCAAGGAUUGUCUGCGUCGCCGCCUGGAGUCCUUCUACGAUCACCUGGACAACAUGUUCGUCUGCGGCGAUCGCAACAUGGCCAUCGACUUGGUGGUGCAGGGCAUCCUCCGUUUGAACAAGCGCCGCGAAAUGCAAAACGGUGGCCUCACCCCAAAACCAAAAUCAUUCAAAGGAAGUGCAAUGCCAAGUGCAGGAUUAUCGCCCGGAUCUCUGUUUUUUGAUUAACUUGUUUCUAUACUCUAGAAAAAGCACAAAUUUUUUCGGUCUAUUGUUAUUGGAACAAAUUUUCAAUUAAAGUCAG